CCCCAAAUCAGCCAGUGGCGCUAGUGAGAGUUUGGAGAUUAGGACUCAGGAAAUCCGUCGAGUUUACAGUGAAGUUUGGAUGAUUCUUUUCGUUGAGCAGAAAUGCAGGGCACAACCACAUUUAUCUUGAUUUCAACAGUAUCACUUGUUUGUUUAGCGAGUGACACGACAUUGAAAAAAGAAACACUCUCGAGGCCCGUGCGGCUGAUCACCGAAGAAGAGUUGGAGAAUUACAAUGGAAGUCAGGAUGGACAGCCAAUUUAUAUGGCGAUAAACGGAGUAGUGUUUGAUGUUACUACAGGAAAAGGUAAAAUUUUUUAUGCCAAGGGUGCACCAUACAAUGCCUUGGUGGGAAAAGACUCUACGAGGGCUGUUGCCAAGAUGUCCCUUGAUCCAGAGGACUUGACUCAUGACACUACCGGUCUGACAGAGGAACAGCUAGAGUCUCUGGAUGGUGUAUUUACUGGGACCUACAAAGCGAAGUAUCCCAUUGUGGGCUACACCGCACGACGCAUGUUCAAUGAAGAUGGCAGCCCCAACAAGGACUUCAAACCAGAAGACCAGCCUAAUUUCACCUUAAAACUUGAGUUAUGAUUAUAUGGCCCUGUGUGAUUUCACAGAGAUCCCAUCAACAUGAACGCAUUGUGUUAAAUUGGGCUUUGGAUUUGUGUCCAAUCAGGACAUCGGUUGAGUCAUACAUAAUUGUAGAUGCCCAGUAGGGGCAGUAGCAGUACGGAAGGGAGAUAGCAUGUGCUUUGUGAGUGAGUCCAUCUUCCCCUUACCAAGAAAAACAUUUGAUGCAAGGAAAUGUUAAAGCAAUCAUUAACUUUAGAAUAGAUUUACUCUGAUUUUUUUUUUGCUGUAUGCUUCGUACCUUGAUGAAGAAUUCACACUAAUGGAGAUUUUGUGUUCAAUUGUCUCUGAUAGCACACAGGUCUCUAACAAAUACCUCAGACAUUGAGUCCAGAAUAUCAAUAGAACACCAGAUGACCUCAGAUAAAAAAAAUAAAUUUCCAGUAACUAGUUAUGUGCUGCCCUCUACGCCUUUGCAUUUUCUCACUUGUCUAUGGAGGAGGUGGGUGAAAGGCUUGUGGUGGUCUCUCCCCCUACACACAGUGGUUCGAUGAUGCUUGUCUGGCCUUUGUGUGGGAAUUUUCCCCUGGUGGGCUCCGUCAAAUCAGCCCCUCAGCGUGGGGUGUGUCAGAAACUUGUUUUGAUACGUCUGUUUGUAAUUAGUUUAUUUAUUUUUCUACAAAUAGGUGGGUGAUUAAAUUAAAAUGUGAUAAUUUGA